CAACUACGGUUUCAGGUUCAGCCUCAAUUGUUUAAAGAUUGUGAAGUAAAAAUGGCCUCAUACACUUCUCAGAACUCUCAGCCUGCACUCCCUUUGCACCUGUGUUUCUUCUUGCUUACUUUGUUGAUGUUCCUUGGUUUCUCAUGGUACUUAAACUAUGAGCCAAUAAUGGAGAGUUUAAUGGACCAAGUGAAGUUGGUGCUAAUGGUUUCGCCUUUGUUGCUUCUUCUAGUUGUUCACUUUCUUUCUAACUAUGGCGAUGGAGGGGUCUUGUCUUCACUCAUUCCUUUGCCAGAGAGAGAGUCACUGCAUAGAGCUGGUGGAACUCCUUGGGGUGUUGGCUUGGUUCUUGUUCUUCUUCUCUUCAUGGUUUCUUACCAAUCCUCUUUUCAAGAACGUUGGUUCCCUCUCCUUAGCAGGUGAGAAGAGUUGUGAAUUUGUGAUGUGAGGUUCUUAUUGCAUGACAUGACAUGUGAUGAAUCUUUGUUUGUAAUGUAAUUACUGUAAGUUAGUGGUUACUUCUCAGGAAUUUUCAUGAAAUGAGAUUUGACUUUUUUUUGUAUGUAUAUUUGUUAUUGUUUUUUUUUUUUUUUAUCAAAAGGUGAUG